AUGGAAGACGACAGGCUUUCAGUCUCUUCCCUCAAAUCGACCGAUUCGACUCGUACCACAGAUUCGGUUCGUGACCGUGAAGACUACCUCAAGCAGUCUGAGAGACUCUUCAUCCUACAAUCAUUUACAGUUGGAGCUCUCAAGAACAUGCGCAAUUACGAAGGUCAGACACCAGCUGGAGACCGCAAAACAGACGUACUCGCAAGAGCAGUCCAACUGGUCAAGACAAAGACUGAGAUAGUCGACUUCAUUCUUGCAGCUUGCCCAUACAAGUAA